CCACAAAACACAACUGCAUCCCCGAACGCAAGAGGCCAUGUGGAGGGUUGCUCUGUUUCUGCUUCUGACAGGACUGUUGGCCACUGGACAAGGGUGGGAAAAUGACUACGAUCAGCCUCUAAAUUUUAACUGUCCUUCAGGCCAGUCUAUAUCCUCCAUAAGAAGUGAACACCACAAUUUCUAUGAGGACCGACGUUGGGACUUUGACUGUAAACCCACCAGCAAGGCUGUAGACUGUUACUGGUCACCUUACAUCAACAACUUUGACCAAACUUUCACUUUUGAGUGUAAACCACAGUACGCACUUGCAGGAAUGAGCAGCCACCACGACAACUACUAUGAGGACAGAAUGUGGAGGUUUUACUGCUGUGAAAGUAAGUGUAUUUCUGGAAACUGUCAGUGGACUUCAUAUGUGAACUACUUUGAUGAGUACAUCUACUGGACUGUGCCUCCUCACAGUUUUCUGGUGGGCGCUGAUAGCUACCAUCAAAAUUUUCAAGAGGAUCGACGGUGGAAGUACAAGUACUGUGGCCAACAAUCAUGUUGAAGGAUCUAAGGAUUAUUUUGAAAUAAAAAAAGUAUAUUU